CGCAGAGCCCGGCGCGAGGCUGGAGGAGCCGAGGAGCGCGGGCAGGGCGCGGCGCGGAGCAGGUCCCCUCGGCCUGGCUGUCUUGAACGGGCCGUCCCGUCUUGGGCCGGCCUCAGGGCAGCAGCCUGGGCCCAGCAGCCCUUGGACGUGUCCUGAGCCCGCUCUGCCUGGGCGGUGGCGGCUUGAUCCUUGCGCCACCCGUGCAUGGAUGUAAACCGGAUCAUGCCAGGCCGCCACAGUCAGAAAGUAUUUCAGUAACCGCUCAGGUUUUUCUCCUGAAAACUUUUGUCUCAUUUGGGCACCUGGAGCUGCGCUGCGUUGUUUUGUACUAACACAUUGCGUUGCAGAAAGUGCUUUUCAGUUUUAACAGGUUUUUCCCAGGAGCAAAGAAGCUGUGUUUGUGUAGUUCAGGCGUUGCCUUCCUGUGCCCCUGCACGUAUUAAACGCUUCUUCCUAUGUGGUGUAGUUAGGAAGUCUUGGUUCACUGUUAUAUUCUUAGUACAGGAGCAGUGAAACUGAAAACACCUGCUGCUUUAUAAUAGAUCAUGGGGGAAAACCCCUAGAAGUGGGCUGCAACCUGAACUUGGUUGGGUUUUUUUAACUCACUUUUUGCCCAUCUGUUCUGGGUCUCAUUUAUGCCUGCAAGGAACAAUUGUAAUACUUGUCUUGUUGCCCUUGUCUCCUGGGGGGAUAGGGUUUGACCCAUCUGGCUACAUUGUGGCCAGAUGGGUCAACAAGCUCCGCAGGCUGAAGUUUACACUGAGAAACAUCCUCUGGAGAUGGCAAGGAAAAACAUUUUUCCUUUAACUUUCCUUGGACACUUUACCAGGCUCAGGCUGAACAACCUCCCUGUAAUUUAUACCACAGCUAUGUGGGGGGGAAGGGCACGGGUGGCGGCUGUAGCAGUGUGUCAGGGUGACAGCAGAUGCCCUGAUCAUCCUUGGAGCGGGGCAGUGCACGUGGCAGCCCUGUAGGCAGAUGCUUCAAAAUGUAGAGGAUGUGCCUGCCUGCUCUGUGUGGUGUUGCCACAACUGCAGUCCCCUACCUUCUGGAGUCAGCUUUGCUCCUAAUUGUAUAACAAUCUGUUUGAUUUCUUCAACUCACUUUCCUAGUUUUUUGUUUACAUUUUUGAAGCCUGGGAGCUAUAUUUCUGGAAAGAGCGCCUGAUUUUUGUUUUGGGUGGCUACAUGCUCAUGUUGUUAGCGCUCUCCUGCACUUGUAUGUUUCUAAUUACGCUGUCAAAUGCAUGCAUGACAUCUGACUCAUGAGGCUCCCAUAACUACUGUAUUCUCUUGAGUUCACUUAUAAUAAAGUGUUUCUAGUUGGUUGGCAUUGAUACUAAAAUCUAAUUCUGUGCCUGUAUGAGAGAGAGAGUUUGAAAUGGCUAGCAGCAUUUAAUUGAUUUCAGUUUCACUUUUUAUUCCUUGGAAAAGAGAGAGUUUCUAGAAAAAUUAUAUAACAAAAGAAAAUGCCCUAUAAAAGCUAAUGGUAAAGUUUUAGCUGGCUUUUAAUCAGAGAAGGCAAAGGAAUGACUUAUUGUUUGUAAUCUCAAAUUGUGGGGAGAUGCAAACUUUUGUUAUGUGCGUACAGAAUCAGUCAAAAAAUCAUUUUUACAUAUGCAUGCUCAAAGUGAAUGGAGAUUAAAUACUGUAGGUACAUAAUGCUAAUUUUUAUUUCCUUAUUUGUGUUUCUUUGCAGAAAUUGUUCUUGUGCACUGCAGAUAUAUGCAGGAAAAACAAAUGAAUGGGGACUGUGCUUGGCUUACUAGUAUAGUCUGUACUGUACAGAGCCAGAAGGAGCUGUAUGUGUACAUACAAUCACGUCAGAAAAAGUGCUUUUACUAUGGCUUAUACCAGUUUUCCAACCAAAGUAAGCUAUAGUGGCUAAAGCACUUUUAUGUUAGUACUAGCAAAUUGCCUAUCAAGAGUGAUGGAUGAAUUCCAUAUAACAAAAACAAACAGAUUUUACUUUUUAUAUUUAUUAAAUAAAUUAAAUGUUUAUAAAACUUAAAAUAGGCUGAACAUUUGAAGAUACCAAUCCCUUCCUGCACUUGCUGUCAUCCAGCGGGCUGAGGCGGACCCUCCCAUGCUGUCACCUGGCCACCGUCUGUGCGCCUCUUUGCUGGCUGUGUGUUUGGAGGCAUCUGUGCAUGAGGAGAGGUUUGUUCUAUGGCCUCAGAGCUGGGUGCCACGGAGGAUGGCAGCUGCACAGAGCUGGCAAAGCCCCUCUAUCUGCAAUAUCUGGAAAAAGCUCUACGACUGGAUCAGUUUCUCCGACAGACAUCUGCCAUCUUCAACAGAAGCAUAUCCAGUGAUGAAAGUGAGGAUGGACUGGAUGACAAUCCUUUACUGCCUCAGUCUGGGGGUCCCCUGAUGCAAGUUAAGGAGGAACCCCCAAACUCGUUGCUUGGGGAAUCUUCUGAAGCAGGGAAUUCGGGGAUGUUAAAUGCACAUUCCCUCAAUGGGAUAUUGCAGCCAGAGCCAAAGUCAGAAAAGGGGAGUCUGUAUAACUUUUCCAAACUGAAGAAAAGCAGAAAGUGGCUGAAGAGCAUUCUCCUGAGUGAUGACUCCAGCGACACGGAUUCACCCAGCGAUGAGGAUGGAGAGGAAGAGGAAUUUUCUCUUUCCAGGGAGGAGCUUCACAAUAUGCUUCGAUUGCACAAGUAUAAGAAACUGCAUCAAAGUAAAUACAGCAAGGACAAAGAGUUGCAGCAAUACCAAUACUACAGCGCAGGGUUGCUGUCCACACAUGAUCCGUACUAUGAGCAACAGCGUCAUCUCCUUGGGCCCAAGAAAAAGAAAUUUAAAGAAGAGAAAAAAUUAAAAGCCAAAUUGAAAAAGGUUAAGAAAAAGAGGAGACGGGAAGAAGAACUCUCCUCAGAGGAAUCACCACGACGCCACCAUCACCAGACCAAAGUUUUUGCCAAGUUUUCGCAUGAUGCACCUCCACCAGGGUCCAAGAAAAAACACUUGACUAUUGAACAGCUCAAUGCUCGCCGGCGGAAAGUCUGGCUUAGCAUUGUUAAAAAGGAACUGCCAAAGGCAUACAAACAGAAAGCUUCAGCACGCAACCUCUUCUUGACUAACAGCAGGAAGUUGGCCCAUCAGUGCAUGAGAGAGGUGCGUCGAGCUGCCAUACAAGCCCAGAAGAACUGUAAGGAAACUCUACCACGGGCACGUCGCCUCACCAAGGAAAUGCUGCUUUACUGGAAGAAGUAUGAGAAAGUAGAAAAAGAACACCGCAAACGGGCUGAGAAAGAAGCUCUGGAGCAGCGCAAGCUGGAUGAAGAGAUGAGAGAGGCUAAGAGGCAGCAGCGAAAACUUAACUUCCUGAUCACACAGACUGAACUAUAUGCACAUUUCAUGAGUCGCAAACGAGAUAUUGGACACGAUGGCAUACAGGAGGAAAUUCUGCGCAAGUUGGAAGAUAGCUCAACCCAAAGGCAGAUUGAUAUUGGCGGUGGAGUAGUGGUCAACAUCACCCAAGAAGAUUAUGAUAGUAACUACUACAAGGCCCAGGCUCUGAAGAAUGCAGAAGAUGCUUACCAGAUUCAUCAGGCCCGGACCAGAUCGUUUGAUGAAGAUGCAAAGGAGAGUAGAGCAGCUGCCUUACGAGCUGCCAACAAAUCUGGCACUGGCUUUGGAGAGAGCUAUAGCCUAGCAAACCCAUCUAUUCGGGCUGGAGAGGACAUUCCACAGCCUACUAUUUUCAACGGUAAACUGAAAGGAUACCAGUUGAAAGGCAUGAAUUGGCUGGCCAACCUGUACGAGCAGGGUAUCAAUGGAAUCCUGGCAGAUGAAAUGGGUUUGGGUAAAACAGUGCAGAGUAUUGCUCUGCUUGCACAUCUGGCUGAGAGAGAAAACAUCUGGGGACCCUUUUUAAUAAUUUCACCUGCCUCUACACUCAACAACUGGCAUCAGGAAUUUGCCAGAUUUGUUCCUAAAUUUAAGGUGCUACCAUACUGGGGAAACCCCCAUGACAGAAAAGUGAUCAGGAAAUUCUGGAGUCAGAAGACAUUGUAUACUCAGGAUGCCCCCUUUCACGUGGUGAUCACCAGUUACCAGCUGGUAGUCCAGGAUGUGAAGUAUUUCCAGCGAGUGAAGUGGCAAUAUAUGGUACUUGAUGAAGCACAGGCACUCAAAAGUAGCUCCAGUGUUCGCUGGAAAAUCCUGUUGCAGUUCCAGUGUCGAAAUCGACUCUUACUGACUGGAACCCCGAUCCAGAACACUAUGGCUGAGCUGUGGGCUCUGCUGCACUUUAUCAUGCCGACACUGUUUGAUUCCCAUGAGGAGUUCAACGAGUGGUUUUCUAAGGAUAUAGAGAGCCAUGCAGAGAACAAAUCUGCCAUCGAUGAGAAUCAGCUAUCCCGUUUGCACAUGAUCCUGAAGCCUUUCAUGUUGAGAAGAAUCAAAAAGGAUGUGGAAAAUGAGCUGUCAGACAAGAUUGAGAUUCUUAUGUACUGCCAGCAGACUAGCCGACAGAAGCUGCUAUACCAGGCUCUAAAGAACAAAAUCUCUAUUGAUGACCUGCUGCAGUCCUCCAUGGGCACUACCCAGCAAGCACAGAACACCACUAGUAGUCUCAUGAAUCUAGUCAUGCAGUUCAGAAAGGUGUGUAAUCACCCAGAGCUGUUUGAGCGACAAGAAACUUGGUCUCCGUUUUACAUCUCCUUAAAGCCAUACCAGAUUUCAAAGUUCAUCUACCGUCAUGGACAGAUCAGGGUCUUUAACCACUCACGGGACAGGUGGUUACGGGUUUUGCUUUCGCCAUUCGCACCGGAUCACAUCCAGCAGUCUCUUUUUCAUAGAAGAAGUGCCAAUGAAGAAAGCUGUUUUUCUUUCCUCCGGUUUAUUGAUAUGUGUCCGGCAGAAAUGGCAAAACUCAUGCAUCAGGGACAUUUAGCCAGAUGGUUAGCUCUUUUCCUGUCUCUGAAAGCCGCCUACAGGCUCCAUCACCUGCGCUCCUGGACAGAGCCAGGAGAGAACCAGCAGGCAUCUCACUGUUUGAGGAACAAAGAUUUCUUGCUUGGAGUCAAUUUUCCACUCUCUUUCCCCAACCUGCACAGCUGCACUUUGCUGCAGAACCUUGUGUUCAGUAGCCACUGUAAAGCAGUUACUGGCUUUUCAGACCACGUAAUACAUCGAAGGAGAUCAGCUACCUCAUGUGUACGGUGCUGUCAGGUCACUGAGCUGCCGUCCUUUCUGUGCAUGGCCAGUCCACGGGUGACAGCUGUGCCACUGGAUUUCUACUGCAAUGAUCAAAGUGCAGAAUAUGAGCGUAAAGCACUAAAGGAAGGAGGAAGUCUUGAAGCAAAGCAGUGUGUAUUAAAUGGUUCUCCUGAACUUGCAGCUGAUUGGCAGAAGCAAAGCUCCCAGUUCUUCCCAGAAUAUCCAGGAGGGUUGUUAGGGAUUAGGCCUCAGAAUGGUUGGUCUUUCAUCCGGAUACCAGACAAAGAGAGCCUUAUCACGGACAGUGGGAAGCUUUAUGCUCUUGAUCUUCUGUUGACACGGCUGAAAUCUCAAGGACACAGAGUUCUAAUCUACUCUCAGAUGACACGGAUGAUUGACUUACUGGAGGAGUACAUGGUUUAUAGGAAACAUACCUAUAUGCGGCUGGAUGGUUCUUCAAAGAUCUCUGAGAGGAGAGACAUGGUAGCUGACUUUCAGAACAGGAAUGAUAUUUUUGUGUUCCUGUUGAGCACAAGAGCUGGAGGCUUGGGCAUUAACCUCACAGCUGCAGAUACGGUAAUUUUCUAUGACAGUGACUGGAACCCAACAGUAGACCAGCAGGCCAUGGACCGGGCACACAGGCUGGGGCAGACAAAGCAGGUCACUGUGUACCGAUUGAUAUGUAAAGGCACCAUUGAGGAGCGCAUCUUGCAGAGAGCCAAGGAGAAGAGUGAGAUUCAGCGAAUGGUGAUUUCAGGUGGCAAUUUCAAACCAGACACCUUGAAACCCAAAGAGGUGGUCAGCCUUCUCCUGGAUGAUGAAGAACUCGAGAAGAAACUACGCCAGCGUCAGGAAGAGAAACGGCAGCAGGAGGAGACAAAUCGUGUGAAAGAGCGUAAGCGAAAGAGGGAAAAGUACGCUGAAAAGAAAAAGAAAGAAGAUGAGUUGGAUGGAAAGAGAAAGAAAGAAAGCAUGAACCUGGUGAUCCCAUUUGUUCCCUCAGCUGAUAACUCCAACCUGUCUGCUGAUGGUGAUGACUCCUUCAUUAGUGUAGACUCCGCCAUGCCUAGUCCCUUCAGUGAGAUCUCCAUCAGCAGUGAGUUGCAUAUGGGAUCUAUCCCUCCUGAUGAAAGUAGCAAUGAUAUGCUGGUAAUUGUGGAUGACCCAGCAUCUUCAGCACCUCAGUCAAGGGCCACAAAUUCUCCUGCUUCCAUCAUGGGCUCAGUCUCAGACACCAUGAAUGGAAUUUCAAUGCAAGAUAUGUCUAUCACAGGAAGAGGCCAUUCAGGUAGAAGCCGGGGUCGUCCUAAAGGUUCAGGCAGUGGGUCAAAAGCCACAGGGAAAGGCCGAAGCCGGAAGUCAACAGCAGGAAGUGCAGCUGCAAUGGCAGGCGCAAAAGCUGGGGCAGCAGCAGCCUCUGCAGCAGCAUAUGCAGCAUACGGGUACAACGUGUCUAAAGGUAUGUCUGCAAGUAGCCCUCUCCAGACAUCAAUUAUUCGGCCUGCUGGACUUGCAGACUUUGGACCUUCAAGUGCUUCUUCUCCCUUGAGCUCCCCUUUGAGCAAAGGAAAUAGUGUUUGUGGGACCCCAAAAAGCUUAAAUCUGACCAGCAGCCUGAUAUCAGAAACCCCAAUUCGGAAGCAAAGUAAAGGAGCCCAUACAUCAGGUGGGCGGUAGUAAUUUUGAAGCCUUGAAGUUUCUCUAACCAUAUUGGCUUUCAAAGUAGCCCACCCUGCCAGCAGGAGGCAUAUAUGCAGGGGAACACCUUUUACCAUCCCACAUGUGUAUGAAAAGAAAAUCAGCAUAAUAGGGAUGGGUGGUUUACGUGAGCACUUUGAUUACAUGUAUCCCAAAAAAUUACCUUCGCAGACGCUACAAGGAGCAGGGAUGGGGACUGGGGUUAAAUGAGAGAUUUUUUUUUACAUAAAUUUUUCACCCGUUUUACUGAUGCAUUCUACAAAGCUUACUGGAAAAAGAUCUACCUACAAAGUGUGAUGUCCUGCAACCAUUUGUGUUUGUGGUCACACCAAUGUACUGUUCUUCCUCCUCUUUCAGCUUCAGGUGGAGUUCAGUUCUAUUCUUAUUCUAAGAAAACAGUAGCUGAACUCUGAGGGUACCCUUCAGAGUUGGAGGAACCCUCUGCACUGAGGACUUGGCAGUGCAUUUGGGGUGGGCGCAUCUGUGGAUAUUGUGGCCAUGUAGUUUGGUACCUCUAGUAUGGAUCUGUGGAUUCCCAGAAGAAUUCUCUAAAGACCUUGAGUUCAAGGGAAGGGAAAAGAAAUCUCCCAAAAGUUUCCAAGGACUGGACUCUUGUCAGCACCAUGUUUUUGAUCCUGUUCUAGACAUAAGGAGGUAAUUACAACUGCAGUUGGGCAGAGUAGGCCUAGUGACAGUAAUGUUGCUGUCUCUGCUUCAUGGAGUGGGAGAGGCUACAGGUCACUGGUUUACAUUUCAGAGCCCAAGUCUGUUAGCAUGAAUGUUCAUUUUGUUGGGUUUAAGAAUGAUUUCUCCCAUUUUGAGCUACGCUGAACUUUUAAGGCUUAGUAAAAGUCAGACUCUACUUGUAUAUAUUUCAAGAAGAGGAAAUGCUGAUAUGCAAGGGGAAGAAGUUCACUGGUAUUCCUCUCACCGUGCCAUAGCAGAGCUUGCUUAUGUCAUUUGCCUUUGGGUACUGCAGCUUGCCAUGCCACAAGGGGAACAAUAGAGAAUUUGACUGAAACAAGGACUGUGCCAUUUCCCCUUUCCAAUCAACUCUUGGGAAAACUGAAAUCUCCCAUUCCAGCCAUCCAUCUGAUCUGUUCUUCCAGCACAUUUCCCUUUCGUCAGUGAUCGUCACACAUAGCUAGCUUGGUUGAGUUUUUUUUGGUUUUGUUUUAUUUUAUUUUUACAGUGUGCAGGCACUAGCAGACACACUCAUGAAAUGAACAGAAGCCAGUGCUUUCAGUGCCACUCUCUGUCCUCAUUCUCUCAGAUUGUUCUUUCCCCAUUCUAAAUACCCCUUGCUUGGCUAUAAAUGUCUGCAUUGCACUGAGAUACAGGUGGGGAGCAGUUCUCUCAUCUCAAUGGCUAUACUGCAAGGGCACUUUCAUCCCUUGAGAGAGAGAGAGAAGCAAGUUGAGUUACAGGUCCAUGCUGUGACAGCAGAGGAUGUUUUUUUCCCGAUCCCAAGCCCCUUGCCUGGCGUCCCACCGUCUGGAGCAAGUGCUUCCUGUCGGCUCUGCCUCUAAUUUGCACACCUAAUAGCGGAAAUGAAUUUAGUUAGACUGAUUUUUAAACAGAUUUGGAGGGGAUAAUUGAGGGGGAGGUGUUGUUUAAUUUAAAUCAUGAAGACUUCUCCCUUCCCCUCAUAUUCACAUGUAUAUAUGAUAUUUAGAGGGAAUAAGAAAAAUGCCAAGACUUUUUUUCUCUUUGAAUGUGCUGUCUAUUUUUAUAACUGAACCUGUACAUAUGUAUAAAAAGAGACACAACUUUCUUUUACUAACUGGAGAAAAAAAUCUUAAAUAAAAUGGAGUGAGAUAAUUUUAUGUAAA